AUGGCAGAUCAAUCUCUCACAUCACCUGUUGCUCAAGAUCACUGGGCCACUACGUGGGCGCCAGAAAGUUACGGACAAUUCAGCGCGAACGCUUUCAAUUACGAUGGACAACAUAUUGGUCGUGGAGACUAUGAAGGUGGAGUUCACCCGGGCUUUGUAACUAACCAAGGUUUACACAUUGGGUAUGGUGGCAAAGAAGUCAUUUUGAAGAAUUAUCAAGUACUUUCUGCCAAUAUCGGUGGUAGUCUGACUUCUGUAAGUCAAGCACAGGAUCAGUUCAAAUGGAAAGCAUUCCAUGGUGAAGUCAGACCACAAUUUAACAUCCCACUUAAGGCUGGCCAUGAGAGAGACGGUAAAGAAUUGUACAUUGCCAGAAUUCGCCAUGGUGAGGGUUAUAUUUACGGCAAAGCUGGCAGGCAUUUGGUCGAAGGGGCUUCUUAUGCCUUCCGAGGUGUAGAGCAUCGUGCUAUGGAUUAUGAUGUUCUUGUAUUCCAAGGCAAUGAAUAA